AGGAAAAAUGUCCGCAGACCAGGUGUCCUCUUGCGGUCAGGAGAAACCUUGCAGUAGCCGUGGGUCACAGCCACCACAGUCCGUGUCCUCCCAAGGAACCCAGCUGAGAAAUCUCGACUGUGACUCUGAGAUUUGCCACAGGAACUUCAGAAAAUUCCCCCGCUCGGAGGAGCCGGACCCCAUCGAGUAUCUGCAGAGACUGACCCAGCUGUGCCACCGGUGGCUGAGGCCUGACCUCCACACCAAAGACCAGAUUCUGGACCAGCUGGUGUUGGAGCAGUUCAUGCUCUCCACAGCCCCGCACCUCCAUGCCCUGGUCAAGAAGAAGGGCGUGAAGACUUGCGAAGACCUGGAGGACAUGCUGAGGAACAACAGGAAUACCCAGAAAUGGUCCGUCGUCAGGGUCGGAGAACACGAAUACCCGGUGCAGGAGUCCGAGGGUGAGGUGGCCCAAGCCCAGGCCUGUGACAGCGAUGAUGUGGCGGGCGUGUCCCGCAGGCGUGAAUCCUGCGUGCAGCGGACAGCUCCGGAGGGAAGCCAGGUGUGGGGAGAGCUGCGGACCCUGCAGGGCCGCGGACAGGACGUCCUCCUGCCAGAGACCGGGUCUGGAGAAAGCGCCCCAGAGGGCGAGGGGCCCACGCAGAGCUCGGAGAAGGACCCGGCGCUCGACGGGGAAGAGGCGACAGCCGCGGAGUGUCGAGAGCCUCGGCGUCCGCGGGGCCCUGCACCUUCUGCAAGGGCAAAGGACGGCAAGGAGCCCCAGGAAGGACUCGGCAGGAGAAGCGGGGGUGCUGACGCGCCCUCCCCCCGAGCGUCCGAGACGGCAGCGGCAGCGUCGGCUCAGGGCGGGAGCACGGGACGUCCUCGGAGUCCCAGACGCUCCCGAAGGAGAAAGCUGGACACCGCGUCCACGUCGCAGGAAGGGCCUGGAGCGGGGGCCCCCCACGUGCACAGCAGAGCCUCCCCAGGACGGGCCGGGCCGAGCUCGGCUCCCUCGCCAGGCGCCACGGAGCCCGGCGGUCAUCCUGCCGGCCGAGAAGCUUCGCGCCCGCCGCGCUUCGAAUGCAGCGUGUGCAAGAAAAGGUUCCGUUAUGAGUCGCAGCUCCUCACCCACCGGCGGACACACACGGGCGAGAAGCCCUUCAGGUGCCCCUGCGGGAAGGGCUUCCUGCAGCGCUCCGACCUGCGCGUGCACCGGCGCAUCCACACCGGGGAGAAGCCCUACGCGUGCGGCGCCUGCGGCCGCAGCUUCGCCCACCAGUCCACCCUGCUCGGCCACAGGAGAGUCCACACCGGAGAGCGGCCGUACGCGUGCGAGUUCUGCGAGAAAACGUUCAACCACAGGGGCAACCUCAACGUGCACCGGCGCAUCCACUUGGGACUGAAGCCCUUCAAGUGUCCGGAGUGCGCGGGGACCUUCCGGCAGCUGGGCACUUUCAGACGCCACCUGAACACUCAUCAGAAACGGCCUCCCGACGACUCCGUCUUCAGACCCGUCUUUGGCCCCAAGAGCGAAGCCGAAGCGAAUGAUGAGUUGUGAGCCGUGAUACAAAUGACACAGGACACACGGGCUCUCGGUCCCGCACAGGGAGUUCUGUAGACGCUAAACACCAG